AUGGACUAUUGCUCUGCAGGCACACUAUCCAACAUUAUCGAAGAAUACAGUGCGGAAAAAUGGCGUCAGGAUACCGACGACCAGAUUCCUGAACCCAUGUUUUGGAUCACUCUCAUCACAAUCUCGGAAGCAAUCUACAACCUCACAACCGGAUUGACGUACACGCCGGGUAUGGACGAUGCAGCAGAAGCCUUUGGGUGGAUACCAAAAGUGCAUCGCGACAUCAAGCCCAGCAACAUCUUCCUCAUGGAGCCUCAAGAACCCUUCGCUUCUUUCCCGCGGCCUGUGCUAGCAGACCUCGACGACAUGCUCGAGCUCUUCGGAUAUGAGGAGUAUACCAAGAAGUACCACUUGUUCACGCGAGGCUACGCUGCACCCGAGAACAAUAUCGAGCUGCACACUCUAGACCCCGACUGCCGAGGCUUCGGCUACUUCCAAAGGCAGCCGCUCUCCUGCAAAACAGACAUCUGGUCUCUGGGCACCGUACUCUGGGAGAUGAUGCACAGUUUUCUCGGCCCCCACAAGGCUCAAGGCCUUUGGCACGGGGCUAUCACCAAUACUAUACAUUCAGAUCCAUCUCAAAGUCGCUUUUUGAAACAUACUAUUCCCGUGCUGGCGCCUACGAUGAAUGAGCCGAACUACACGAGGGAUUUGAUCCGGACAUUUGAACUGUGUAAUCAGAGUAUGCCUGCGAGAAGGCCGACGGCGUUAGGUCUUAGGAGGUUGGUAGAGAGGAAGACGAGAAGGGCGCAGAAGUGCCUGGGAAGCUUCGAAGGAGAUGCAGACGAGAGGAUGCGGGUUAGGUAUAGGAAGGAAGAGUUCGGCAUGAGGCCCAAUACUGAGCUUAAGAAGAGGCGACGUGGUCAUUGGGUGUGA